AUGCCUAAAGAAGUUCAAAAAGUUACCAAGCGCGAAACAAAGAAGAGAGGAAAGAAGGAUCCUAAUGCUCCCAAGCGUGGUUUGUCUGCAUACAUGUUCUUCUCUCAAGAUAAACGUGCCCAAGUCAAGGAGGAAAACCCUGAGGCCUCAUUUGGUACUCUUGGUAAGCUUCUUGGUGAGAAGUGGAAGGCUAUGAGUGACGAAGAAAAGAAGCCCUACAUUGACAAGGCCGAAGCUGAUAAGAAGCGCUACGAAGAUGAGAAGGCCGCUCUCAACUAA